UAAUAUGAAUAUUUAUUUAAAAGAAUUAUGUAAAUAUUGUCAUUUGGUUUGAAGUAAUUACGUGAAAUGAGUGCGGCUGCUACGAUUGCAGGAUUGGCGCUAGCUGCUACAGCUGCGGCUACUUUGGUUGUAAUUGCAAUGGUGGAUGGGCAAUUAACCACAAACUCGACAUCACCAACUUCCACGUUCAUGCAAUUAAGCGGAAAUCAAAAUAAUGGCCAGUUGAUCGACCCGAACGGACCAAGUGUUCAAUUUAUUCUAUACACCAGGGAUAAUCCUCCGGCCAAUUUAAAAGUUGGAGAUGAAACUGCAUUUAAAAACUCAGGUUUCAAUAAAACCAGUUCUACAAAAAUUAUCAUUCAUGGAUUUACAAGCAGUAUACGCGACAUAAUGUUUAUGAAGUUGAAAAAAGCUUAUCUCGAGGCUGGAGACUUCAAUGUUAUAGGUAUGGAUUGGUCUGUAUUAUGCGACUUCGAGUACAUUUCUGCCAUGCAUGGGGUUAGAGAAGCUGGACAAUACUUGGGAGAGUUCAUAAAAUGGCUGCAGUUUGUAGGAGUUUCCUUGAAAGAUAUUCAUUUAAUAGGUCAUAGUAUGGGAGCUCAUGUAGCUGGUAUUGGGGCGGGUAAGAUAAAGAAUGGAAAAGUUGGAAGAAUAACAGGUCUAGAUCCUGCUAGACCUGGUUACAGAGAUAACAGAUUAGAUAAUAAACUGGACCUCAAUGAUGCAAUGCUCGUAGAUUGUUUACAUACAUUUAUCCAAGUGUUAGGUCUUGCAGAGCCGGUCGGCCAUAUCGACUUUUAUGCUAAUGGCGGAAUGUUCCAGCCAGGAUGUCCUGACCUAAAUGACAUGUGGAAAAUAGGAGAGAGUCUCUAUUGCAAUCAUGGUCGAGCAUAUCAUUUAUUUGCAGAAUCUAUAGUAAAUGAUAAGGCCUUUAAAAGUGUUAAAUGCAAAUCUGUGCAAGAAGCAGUUGUUUCCAAAUGUACCGAAGAGUCCGAUGUAUACAUGGGUCAAUACGAUUCUUAUAAUAACGCAAAAGGAAUAUAUUACUUCAAAACCAGAGAUAGACCUCCGUUUACCUUAUAGACGUAUAUUUUGUUUGUUAGAUAUACAUAAAUACCUAUUUAAUAAAAAUGAUUAAUAAAAUAUAAAAA